AUGCCACCCACACCACUCCCCGCCGCCGCCGCCGUCGGCUCCGCGCCUGCGCCCGCGCGGAAGAUAUUCAACUGCAUCGUCGAUGACACGGCACUGGUAGCAGGCGUCAAGAGAAGCACGCGGAACGGCAUCCGGCAGUGGGUCAAGAAUGGGCAGAUUCGCCUUUUCGUGCCCCUACAUGCACUGGAGGAGUUGAGCCGUCAGAAGGGCGCCAAGAACAGACAUGCCGAUGACGUGCGCGAGACGCUGCAGUGGCUCGACGAGGCCACCAGCAAGCACCCGGACGUUGUGACGCUGCAGGGUGCCGACGAGACGUACGAACGAUGGGCCGAGGUCGAGCGCUUUGCCGUUCCGCGCACCAUGUUCUCUGAGCAAGACUACGAGCCGGAGCAUGAUGAGGAAGCAGAUGAGCUGGCCGAAGUGACCGCCAGUAAGCUGCGCCUAUCUGCGCAGAAUCUUGACGCCUCGCUCAGCUCCGCCGCCUCCGAUCUUUCCCGCUCGAUGUCGCCAUCGUCUUCCAGGAGCGUCCGUUCCAGCGCAAGCCCCGUCUCGCCACCCACGAGCCCCUCCAAGGCCGCGAUCUCGCCUAUGCAGAACCUGUCCAACCUGGUUGGAGUGAGCUCGCGUCCGCAGUCUUCUAGCGACUCGGUCCCACAGCCGCUGCAGCCGCUAUUCAACUACAUUUUGUGGCGCGUUCAUCAGGAAAUGGACCCUGUUGCCGCGCUUGAGUCCUUUAUCUUCCUGUGCAACGACCCCAGGAAAGUCAACUUCGCCAAGGGGUUCGACAUCAAGGUUAAGCGUCUGGAGCAGCUGCGUGAGGCUGUUGGAAGAGAGGACAGGGACCACAAGAACCGUCAGAACCUCCUGAUUCGAGAGACUCAAAAUCUUGCACCCAAGACCGGUGAGCUGGCACAUGAUCAAAGCCAGGACGAAGAGGUCGUUUUCAAACCUGCUGUUCCCAGAGCACCUGCCGCCAUGCUUCAGAAGCAUUCUAAUCUCAUCGACCCAAACACUUUCGGGCGUGGUCCCCAGCCAAAGGCAAGUGUUCCCAUCAAGGAUCUACCGAACGGCGCUCCAAAAUCGCCCCGCGCGGCCCACGCUGCACCUCAGCGUGGUUCUCCACGCGGUGUACAUGCCUUGCCAUUUGCUCCUCGUGCAAACAUGCGCGGAGGACCUCGCGGUAACUUUCGCGGUAGUGUGCGUGGACGAGGAAACUUCGGCUCUACGCACACAAGCACCUUUGUCACAGAAAACGUCACUCCUGAUGGGCAGAUCGACCCGGAUAGCUUUUCCAGGCCCGAUCCGCGCUCUAGCAUUGGUGGCAGUCGUGGGGGCAGGAAACUCUGGGUUCCGACGUGA